ACAUAUUUCUUUCGGCCUAACGUACAGUUUUAUACUAAAUUAGAAUUACCGAUAGUUUCGAGGUGAGCUCAAAACAUGGUCAGUGUGCUCAUACGACGGUUUGCGCUUUAUCGCAGGACUCCGCAAUGCCUGGGUCUCAUAUGCUCCACAUAUGGACCGCAGCCCCAUAAGCAGCCUCUUAUUUUUCCACAAAUUAUCAUACAUCAGCGGCGACAGAAGCACGAUGAUAAGGAAAAAAAGCGUAUGCGGCUGCGGCACCUUAAGGCAAUUGAAAUACGUGGAGGUAAUCCUUUGGAGAAGAAGUGCUGCCCAUCUUUGAAGAAGGAUCCAGGUGUCCCACUUGAAAACGCAGUGGCAAAGGACGGUCCAGAUACAAGCGCUUUAAAGUCCUCCUCAAUUGCUGAUGAAGCGCCCACGGAGUUACAGAAUUGCUCAUCUGAAACGAAUACAUCUUCUUCAACAGUGAACACAAUAAUUGCCGAAUCAAAUGAUCAGCCGCACCUUGAGGUGAAACUUAUUGAUAUAUCAGGUGAAUCAGUCGAAGGCAGUAAUUCUGUGCAGCCACUUAUAAUUGCGGAAUCAGAUACUUCUACAAAUGAGAGUUCCGACUGCUCUGAUAGUGAGGCGAAAUUUGAGGGGCAACAGGAAAGUGCGUCUGAAGCUAAAUCAAAUACAGCUAAGGUGGAGGCAGAUUACACACAUAAAACUAAAGAUCCGAAGGAGCCAAUUGUUGGCGAUGUUAUCGAUAUUAGCGCGCCAGAGAUAUCCUUAAAAGUGCAGGUCGUGAUACCAUCCGAUUUAUGUACCGCGAUGAAAGAAGGGGAACAUCCAAACCUAGUUACUGUCGCGGCCCAUGUAAACCAAUUUGGCCCUACUAAUGACGGUAGUUCGAGACUUCCGCCAGUGGAACCAGUCCCACCAGCCGCCCCAUUACCUGAAGCAAAACCAACGGUCGAGCCUAUCAAAACUGCACAAAAUGCUGUACCAAACAAACAAUUAAGCCCCGAUCCCAAGCCUCCUGGAAUUGAAAGAAUGUCGGAAGCCCCUCCGAAAGCCCCAUAUGUAGCAAAACCUACGGCAAAGACCACAAAAACUGAACCGACUGUGAAACAUUCAAAAUCUGAUCAACCACAUCGUGUACCUGGGAGUCUAAAAGAUUCCCGAGUUCCAGUGAAAGCACCACUUGAAUCAAAACCUACGGCCGAAACCAUAAAAACCGAACCAACUACUACACGUCCUGCAGGUGAGCAACGAACCGUACACACGCCAGACUCUGCCCCUAGAGAAAACCCAGCAACUCAGACCGUCGAAACGGCCCCAGGUUCACAAAUUCCUGAAAGAAGUUCCGAUAUUACACCGAGAGCUCCAGUUGAGACUAAGGAAACAGCUAAGACUAGGAACACUGGACCUACUGCUACACCAGAAGAGGCAGCUUCGAAACCAGAUUCACAAGCUCCUAGUAGUGCAGGAGGCACAGAGAGAACACCAGAUCCCCAAGUUCCUAGUAAUGAGAUAAGUGCAGAUAGAGCAUCAGACCCACAAGCUCCUAACAAUGAGAUAAGUGCAGAGAGACCACCAGAUACACAAGCCCCUAGUAAAGUAAGUGGAGAGAGAGCACCAGACCCACAAGCUCCUAGCAAUGAAAGAAGUGCAGAGCCGGCACCAGUUAAUCCUGCGCCCGUGACUGAAGCACCACUAAAUACAAGCAAGACUAACCCCCUUGUUGUUGAAAAUAAUGAAGCAAAUGCAUCAAUAAGUAUUCAACCCUUGCCGGAUUCUGAAAUAAUGUCCGAGUCUCAAGCUCUGCAAGAAGCUGAUGCUGCCCUAGCUGCUGAAUUGGCAGAGUCGCAAGAACCCGCUCUGCAAAACUCCCCUGAGGAUAUUUCAAAAUCGAAACGGGCACAAGAAAACUUAACUGAAUCAAAUGCCGAGAUGGAGAUACCCAAGGAUAGGGAGGAAUCAAGGAAAAAAUCGGGCAAUGAAGAUAUUUAUAAGACAAACGACGCUAGACAAAAUUUAAAAGAACCAACAGCCCAAAUGAAUAAUCUUGAGAAGGAAUCGAAUGAAAAAUCGCCUAACGAAAAUAAAUCAGAAACCGCAGAAUUUCGGUUAAAAAAAUCCGACCGUAACACCAAUGAGGAUUUUGAGAAAUCUGCAGAAAGCUCGUCUCGAAUCAAAAUUUCUCAAUUUAUUGAAAAGAAGCAAGAACCGCGUCAACCCGAAAAUAGUUUUGGUGCUUUCUUAUCCAAAAUAUCCCAGUCCUAUUUUGAGCGCAAUCCGAUUGAAGCCGGCAAAGAAAAGCAGAAAAAACCUAAGGAAGCUGAGAAAACCGAAAAAUUAAAUAUGAAACCGCAGAACAUUGGAACUGAAGAAAGCAUGAAAUUUAGAAAACAAAUUCCUCCCUUCCGACCUGAUAACAAGACGUCGGGAAGUUCUGAUGCAUUAGCCAAAGUAGAAAAAUUGAAAAAGAAUACCACAGAUAAAGGUCCAAAAGCUGAAAUGAAUUCGAAAUUCUUCACGCCUGAUACUGUCUCCAUCGGUGAACAAAAAGUAUCUGGACACAUAUCCGAUUGCAAUAAUAUUUAUAUGGAUGAUGCCACUUCGACAAAGCUAACACAAUUACCACCACAACAAAAAUCGGCAUCCGCCGACAUAUUAUUGCCAACCUCUAAAAUUGCACCUCCGAUGGAAAGCAAAUAUGUUGAGACUACACAGGUUACAACCACUAAGGUAAGAGACGACUACCUUGCGGCUAGAAAAUUAGUUGAUCCGCAACCAGCUCUUAAUGUGAGCGCGAAUCAAGCCGAAAGAAAUGCAGAGGAGAGCGAUAGAAAUGAAGAAAAAAGUAUCCAUGAAAUCCAAAGCACCGUGAGAUUUGAGGAAAGCAUUAAGGAGUGGAUACAAAAUAGAAGACGCGAAGAAGAAAUGCAAGUUCAUGAUCAAAAUUAUGAUCGUAAGGAAAAUAGAAGAGUUAAGGUCAAGGUGGCUCUGUUUGAAGACAUAAAAGACAUUAAAAAGGUUGAAGAGUCGGAUGACGAAGUGAAAUCAAAGCCUGACGAGGUGCUGGAAACAGAGAGUAAACCCAACCAAAUGCAGAUGGGAAGAGUUUCUACGGGGGCACAACUGGAAGAAGGGGAACUAGGCAUGAGCGUAGUGCUUAAAGACACUGAGGAUCAAACAACAUCGAAACCAAAAAUUUCAUUGGCGCAAUUCCUCUACGACAAGUUAAUGAAUAUGGGAGGCAGGUCGAGAGCCAGAAAAACAAAAACAGAAUCGCAAGUGGAUGACACCAAGCGCGGAAUGGCUACAUUUGCCGGAGUGGCAUGGUCAGGUGUCAAUCAAAAAGUCUUAGCUUCAGCACGUAGUAGGCAACAUUCAAAUAUCCAAGUACGCCAAGAACGCAUACGAAAGCGCUAUCGUCGAGGCCAGCGCAAUAUACAACAGAUUCAACAUGCUGGAACUUUGGCUCCGAAAUAUCACAAUAAGCGCCAGGCGCAUAAGAUCGCUACGGCAUCCAUACCGGAAUCAGAAAGCAAUCGAAUAACUGAAUCAGCCGAAGCACCAUCCCAAAAUCAACUGAAAGAACGUGUUGUUGUAGUAAUUCGUCCCGCUGUUCUUUCAGAGACGGUCCAAAACUUGGAACAGCUCACACAUUUUCCGAAGCAGGUCGAGGAAUCCAAAGACAUCGUAAUAUUGGGUGGCACAACAGCGCUUCCAAAGAGAUCGGCGUACCUGUUUACCAGCAAAGAUAAUGAGAAAGAUAGUACUGCUAUUAGAGGUGGGUCGGCGACUUGCAAGGCUAAGAGCAAGAGCGUUCGUAAGCAGAAAACAAAGGAGCCAGAGAUUGAAAUAUUGGGGGGUUCGGAGUGUGUAACAAAAUUGAAGGAAGAAGAGGAUGAAGAUGAUUGCAAACGCAACUUCUCGAGCGUGUUAACUGGUUUUGCGCGCAUGUUGUGGUAUUAUUUAUUUCCAGAUGCAGCACCACGGGCCAACAAAUCGAAGUAGAUGCCUUUACAUAAGAUGCGGUGCUGCUUCAUAAAUAAUUACGAAGGGCUUAUAAAACGAAGCAGAUCCUUAAACCUUUCAACGCCAUUGGGUGGCUUUCAAUAUGUGGAACAUAUGAGACUUUAUAAACAUAACAAUUUGAGUUUUUCAAAUAAAACGCAAUCCCAAUAGAGCUGUAAA